AUGUUAUUCCUAUCACGAAAAUUGCCUGGCAUUGGCUCGCAGGACUUCGAUCCGCUCCUCGAGUCCGCACUUCCUCAGGCCCAAGACGAUGACCAUGCAAACAACCUAAGCGACGACGACAGUGACUCUGGCAACGAUGAUGUUCAAGAUGUCAAAGACGCGCGAGCCGCAAGACUGAACGAGACCAGAGGAUGGCUUGGGUAUCUUCGAGACUUUGCAAUCUUCAUCCCGUUCGUAUUCCCACGAAAGAACAUCAAAAUUCAACUAUGCCUUUUUGUCUGCAUCGUUGCAUUUAUUCUGCAACGAAUGUUACAAGCUGCGUUGCCGUAUACACUUGGCGUCAUUGCCGACAAGGUCACAUCUGGCGACGUACCGACUCGGGAGCUUCUCAUUCUACUUAUACUGGACAUUGCCAAUCACGAAUCUGGUCUGGUGCUCAUCCAAAAUCUGUCGAAGAUACCCAUCAAGCAAUUCUCAUACGGCGCACUCACCAAUGCAGCCUUCAAUCACGUCAUGGCUCAGGCAUUUGACUUUCACUCUACACAUGAUUCUGCAGAGGUCAUGAAGACUAUCGAACAGGGCGAGUCAUUGGGUUUUGUGCUGGAUACUGUGGUUUUUGAGAUCGCUCCUACACUCAUAGAUGUCAUUGUCGCCGGCACAAUCUUCGCAACAAAGUUCACUCCCACAGUCGCAAUCGUUUUCUUCGUUGCCUGCGUGGUUUACCUGACUGCCCAAGCUUUCUCCACCAAACUCAUGACUGGGAAUCGCAGAGAUAUGACCAGAGCAGAGAGAAUCCAGAUCAGGAAAACACAUCAAGCAAUUGAGGGAUGGCAAACUGUGGCCUUCUUCAACCAAUUUCGACGAGAAGCCCGCAAUCUAGCUGCUGCAGUGACCACUCACACAGCAGCCAGAUCCUGGUUUGACAAGAAAAAAGCACUUCUGGAUGCUGCGGUGGAGCUUCUGAUAUCUGCGACUUUCUUUGCACUGGCAUUUAUCAUUGUGCAUGAUAUUGCUUCUGGACAAGCUUCGCCUGGAGAUUUUGUGUUUUUCCUGAGCUAUUGGGAUGCCAUCAUUUACCCCUUGACGUAUUUGACGAACCAUAUUCAUUGGUUGUCGAAUGACUUUAUCGAUGCGGAAAGAUUACUCAUGCUGUUCAAGACGACGCCCUCGAUUAUUGAUGCAGAGGAUGCAUAUACGCUUGCUGUUCGUGACGGCAGUGUGGAGUUUGAAGAUGUGUCUUUUGAUUAUGAGAAAGGUCACUAUGCGCUCCGCGAUAUUUCUUUUACUGCAUUGCCAGGUCAGACGGUUGCGUUCGUUGGAGAGACUGGAGCUGGCAAGUCCUCUGUCUUGAAGCUCCUCAUGCGAGUACACGACAUCGAAUCUGGCAAGAUCACGAUAUCUGGCCAGAGCAUACAACAUGUGGCCCUCGGCUCCUUGCGCGAUGCUAUCUGUGUGGUUCCACAGACCACCUUGUUCUUCAAUAGCUCGAUCAUGGAUAACGUUCGCUAUGCGCGAAGCUCAGCGACCGACGCAGAGUAUCCCAACGGCUACAGCACACGGGUUGGAGAACGCGGUGUCAAGUUGUCCGGUGGAGAAGCACAAAGACUUGCCAUUGCAAGAGCACUUUUGAGAAAUGCUCCGAUUGUUCUGCUGGAUGAGGCUACCAGUGCUGUGGAUACAGUGACGGAAGGUAAAAUCAGGGGUGCUCUCAAACAGCUCGGCAAGGGAAGAACUAUGAUUGUAGUCGCUCAUCGCUUGAGCACCAUCGUUGAUGCCGAUCAGAUUUUUGUGAUGCACAAGGGUAGGAUUGUCGAGAGGGGACGGCAUCAAGAACUUUGUGAGGGUAGAGGAAGAUAUUGGGAUCUGUGGAAACACUCGCAGGGUACAGAUGUCAUCUUGUAG